GAGAGGGUUUAGGUUUAUAGGAUAUCGCGGCAUGUGGACUUGUGGGUGUUUAUCGAAGCAGUCUCCUUGCAGCUUCCGUAUCGUUAACGCUCACGCUCUGUUAAGAGUCAAAAGACAAAAUAAUUUUCUGGGUUUCUAGCUUCAACGAUUGUCGAUAUUUAAGAAAUGUCCUGUGGCGGCGGAUCGUGUGGCAGAAAUUUAACCAAAAAUUUGACGGCUGAGCAAUAUCAUGUUACACAGGAAGCGGGUACCGAAGAUCCGUUCACGGGAAAGUAUAAUGAUCACCAUGAAACUGGAACUUAUAUCUGCAUCGUUUGCAGUAGCCCAUUGUUCAGUUCUGACACCAAAUACGAUUCUGGUUCUGGGUGGCCUUCAUUCUACAAAACGCUUCCAUACGAAGUAGAAAAGGAGACCGUCGAAAGAAGACCAGAUGACUCCAUUGAAGGAAGACCUAGAGUUGAAGUCGUGUGCGUGAAGUGUCAAGCUCAUUUAGGCCAUGUUUUCCAAGAUGGGCCACAGCCGACAGGUGAACGAUUUUGCAUCAACAGUGUGGCCAUUGAUUUUGUGCCAAAAGUAGAAGAAACUGAAGAAAAAAGUAAACCUUAAAUUUAAAAAGCUUUGUGUGAUGGUUCGUAAGUCGUUAUGAAAUACAUUUUGUAAUGCUAGGAGUUGAGUGAAUUAGGCUAAAUAAAUGUGUUUGGUAAAUCAA